AUGGAUUCAGGAGUUGGAAUGGGGUUGCAGUCGACUGCCAAGAAAAAGCGGAAGUCGGAUGAGAUUGAGGUACGUAGGGAGCAAUUGAAAAGAAGGAGACAACAAGCCAUGGCGACCUUGGCGUUGAUUGAAAUUGAGGAGAAAAAGUUGAUGGAUUUCACGAACGCUGAGAGAGUUAUUGAGACCGAGGCGAACGUCGAUGAGGAUGAUAAAAGCUGCAAAUCUGAUGAGAAUACAUUGACUGAUUUUGAAGGAGAGAUGUCAGUUUUGGCAGAUGAGAUUUAUGAUUUACCGGAUAUUCCGUCUACUGGGAAUCAAACUAAGACGAGUUGGGAUGAAUCUGGGCAGGAGUUUGAUGAUGAGAAUUUACUAGAAGAGACAUCCCAUAGGCGGGACACUGUUGAGAAGAAAUCUGGUACAGAUACGGCAUCUAUCAGCGUAUUUGCAGACAAAAUGGCUCAACUAUUGAGUCGUCAAGGUGAAGACAACAAACUGCCAAAAUUCAAUGGAAACCCUGCCAGCUGGCCACUGUUUUAUUCCAGCUACAUACGUACGACUAAAAGUGGAGGUUAUAAAGGAGAUGAGAAUGUGUUGAGACUACAAAAAUGUCUAGAGGGAGACGCGAGAGAUGCAGUUAUUUCUCUCCUCGCCCGACCUGACAAGGCGGACAAAAUUAUUGAGAUUUUGAAAAGAAAAUUUGGGGGAGACGAGAGAGUAGCUCGCUCAGCAAUAGAAAAGGCAAGAGCAGUUCCAGGGCCGAAAUCUACAGAUGGACAAACUUUUAUAAAAUUUGCAUCGGCUGUAGAGAACUUGGUUUUGGCACUGGAUGGAAUUGAUGACAAUUCUUAUCUCCAAGAUCGUCGACUACUCAAUGAGUUUGAAGAGAAAUUGCCCUUAAAUUUGAAGUGGAUGUGGUUGUCUCACAUAACUCACAAUGAGAAGGCGAGAUUGCCUGAAUUCUCGGAAUGGUUGGCCGGGAUUUCCAAAGUAACAGCUGACCGGCCAAAGAGUGAUAGAGAUGAACGCACAUCUACGACAAAGGAAUUCCGGAAAACGCGUCAAGUAGGUUCAGUAUCGACGAAGAAACCAUCGACUUGUAGUCGCUGCGCAGAAGCUCAUCGACUUGAGGAUUGUCCGAGCUUCAAAAAGAUGAGUACUGAUGAAAGAUUUAAAUUCGUCAGGACAAAUGGGCUUUGCAUCCGAUGUCUCAAAUCUGGACACAAAAUUCGGGAAUGCAGGAUGGUGAAACAAUGUCAAGUACCAGAAUGUACAAGGACACAUCAUUUUCUUCUGCAUGUGGAUAUAAAGCCGAGUAAAGUUGUAACUUCUGAGAUAAAAAGGGAUGAAAAGGUUGAUGAUUUGGAUAAGGCAAAGCAAGUAGCUGUAUGUGGCAGCAACGAGACUUUACUGCGAAUUAUUCCUGUCACUGUCUCAAACCAUACAGGAAAAUCACUUAACAUUUUGGCGCUACUAGAUUCUGGUUCUGCCAUCACUAUGAUGCACCAGGAAGUUGCAGAGUAUUUAGAGUUGGAUGGCCCAAGCAUUGGGUUGGCCAUCGAAUGGGUUGAUGGCACUGUAGUGACUGACAAGAAUGCAAAAGUUGUCGAUUUCAACAUUAAGGGUAUAUCAGAAAGGGAUAGAAAAUGGUUGAUUAAAGAUGCUUAUGUAGUAACUCAUCUUGACCUCCGACCUGCGGAGCUGGACGUUGUAAAACUUAAGAAGCAAUAUCCAUACUUGAAGUCAAUUCCUAUACCAAGCUUCAAGAAGGAGAAGCCAUUACUCAUAAUUGGCGAGGACAAUGUGAAAUUAACAGUGCCAGGUGAAGUAAUUGAAGGUAGAAGAAAUCGACAGCCGCUUGCCUGUCGCACCCAGCUCGGAUGGGUAGUGUCGGGAUCAGAUGGAUGUCGUAACCGGAAACCGGUGGUAGCAUGUGUCACUGAACGUUUAAUCAGUUUGGUGGAAAGCACGAGUUCUACAGAGAACUUUGGGGUUAUGGCUCCCACAGCACAAUCAGGAGCCCGGGCAGAUAAGAAGGCAUUGGAUUCGAUGCAGCAAACAGUGGUUCGAAAGGAGGGAAGAUUUGAAGUCGGCCUAUUGUGGAAAAAGGAUCAAGUUAACAUGCCACCAUCCAGAGCGAUGGCAAUGAAACGGCUGUAUUAUGUAGAGAAAAAGAUGGUUUUAGAUAGUCAAUAUGCCGAAGCAUAUUGUCGUAAGAUGGAAGAAUAUAUUUCAAAGAAAUAUCUUGUUCCGGUGACCAAUGAGGACCAACGUCUAGAGACGGGGCAGACCUGGUAUCUGCCCCAUUUUGGUGUAACAAACCCGAGUAAGCCUGGAAAACUAAGAAUUGUAAUGGAUGCUGCGGCGAAAUCAGAAGGGGUUUCACUGAACACUGAAUUACUGAAGGGUCCCGAUCAAUUGACGUCCUUAACUGAAGUGUUGCUCAAAUUUCGUCGAGGAAAUUAUGCUUUCACGGGGGACAUUGAACAAAUGUUCCAUCAAGUUUUGGUUAGGGAAUUAGAUCAAAAUUACCAGCGUGUAUUAUGGAGAGGUAGAGAUAAUCGGGCGCCUAUUCAGGAAUACAAGAUGCGCGUUCUUAUAUUUGGAGCUUCGUGCAGUCCGGCAUUGGCUGCAUAUGUUAAAAAUAAGAACGCUGAAGAGUUCCGAUCUGACUUUCCUGAAGCAUAUGAAGCUAUCACUGAGCGGCAUUACGUAGAUGAUUGGCUUGAGUCUUGUGACGACACAGAUCAAGCCAAGAAACUUAUUGAACAAGUGAUUAAGAUUCAUUCUAAAGGGGGUUUCGUAAUUCGGAAUUUCAUUGCGUCGGAUCAGACUAUUUUGUCAGAUGUGCCCAAAGAUCUUUGCUCCUCAUCACCAACACUCGACUUAAACUCUGACGAACAGUUUGAAAAGGUGUUGGGAAUAUGGUGGGAUCCUAAAGAAGACGUGUUAACUUUCCGUACAACUUUUUCAAGAAUCCCUGGUACAUUGAUGUCAGGAGAUAAAAUACCGACUCGAAGAGAAAUUUUGCAAAUUGUAAUGAGUAUUUACGAUCCAUUCGGAAUGCUGGUUCACUUAACUGUAGGGGGCAAGAUGAUAAUGCAGAAAGUAUGUAAUAAAGGGGUUGAUUGGUCAGAAGAAAUUGAUGAGAUCACUCAUAAAGAGUGGAAAAAAUGGGUAGUAGGUCUAUCCAUGAUCUAUCAGGUUCGGGUUCCUCGUUGCUUUGCAACAAAAGAUGUUAGGGAGCAACAAGUCCAGUUACAUAUUUUCUGUGAUGCCAGCUCAUCAGCCUUUGCUGCAGUGGCUUACUUGCGUUUCGGUGAUGACCAAAUUCAUGUCACAUUUGUCAUGGGUAAAAGUAGAUUAGCACCACCAUCAAAGACUCUCACAAUCCCACGUCUGGAAUUGCAGGCUGCCGUUUUGGGAAGCCGUUUAGCUUGCACAGUGAGACAACAAGUCGGAAUAAAGAUUAACAAAACUUAUUUGUGGAGUGAUUCACGUACUGUACUAUCUUGGAUCCAAACUGAUCCCAAAAAGUUCCAAGAUUUUGUAGGUCACAGGGUUUCCGAAAUAAAUAAUUUGACCCAAGAGGAUGAGUGGAAGUGGGUACCUACCAAGCUUAAUGUUGCUGAUGAAGCAACUCGCUUUGAUUUACCCACAGACUUAACACCUGAGUCACGAUGGUUUAAAGGGCCUGAUUUUUUGUCGCACAAAGAGGCCUCAUGGCCUACAAUAGAAUCAAGUUCAAUCGUCCCAAUUGCUGUCGUUCAAGCAGAAGAAGUAGUUAUAGACGAAAAACCAGAGAAUAACCGAUUGAUAGAUUUCAAUUCAUUCUCCAGUUUUUGGCGCAUGAUUCGAUCAAUGGCUUACGUCCUACGUUUCGCAAAUCGUGUACGCAAGACUCGAACGAUGACAAACUUCCUAACAGUAAAUGAACUCAAUCAAGCAAGAAACUUGCUGAUGAGCCAGUCACAAGCCGAGUCCUUUUCUUCGGAAAUAGAAAUUUUAAAGAAAGGAAAACCUCUUACAAGAGGGGGACGAUUAUCUCGCUUGACUCCAGAAAUUGAUAGCAAUGGCUUGAUAAGGAUGAAAGGAAGACUAGAGAAGUUGGCUCUCAGGGAAUUGCCGAAUUAUAAUAAUCCUCUUAUACUUUGUGGGAAAAAUAAAUUUACCAAAUUUUUUCUGGAGGAAGAACAUAAGAGACUAGGACAUGUAGGAUCACGUUAUAUCCUAGCCGAAAUGAGGCCACUUUAUCAUGUUAUUGGGGGACGUCGCACUCUCAAAUGGAUAGAAGCCCAUUGUGUAUUCUGUCAGAAACGACGUGCUAAGACUAUCCAACCUAUGAUGGGGCAAUUGCCGCUUGCUCGUUUGGAUGUGUAUCAACAUCCAUUCACAAAUACGGGCCUUGAUUUUUUUGGACCGAUUGAUACCAAAUUAAACCGUAGCCGAGUAAAGCGAUAUGGAGCUAUAUUCACAUGUUUGACUACCCGCGCGGUUCAUUUGGAGGUUUGCGAAUCACUCACGACUGAUUCUUGUAUCAUGGCAAUACAUAGAUUCGUUUCAAGGCGUGGAAGCCCCGUUAAAAUUAUUUCGGAUAACGGAACUAAUUUUAAAGGGGCUAAGCGGGAAUUAAAGGAAGCGCUUAAAGAAAUCGAUCAAGAUCGUAUUGGUGUGGAUUUAUCUAAGAGAAAUAUCGAAUGGGAAUAUAAUCCACCAUCCGCGCCGCAUAUGGGUGGAGCUUGGGAACGAUUAAUUCGUUCCGUAAAACGUUCCUUGGAAGCUACUCUUAAGGCCUCCGUUCCUACACCCGAAAUAUUGGUCACUGCAUUUGCGGAAGUGGAAAGUAUUCUUAAUGGGCGUCCAUUAAUGGUACUUACUGAUAAUGAUGAAUUACUUACGCCCAACCAUUUCCUCUUAUUGCGCCAAGCCACCUAUCAGGCUCCGGGAAAAUUUUCAGAUGACGACCUCGUGUUGAGAAAACAGUGGCGCGCGUCCCAGCGGUUGGCAGAUAUUUUUUGGACCCACUGGGUUAAUGAUUACCUUCCGGUGUUGGCCCUUCGACCAAAAUGGUGGUCAAAUGAUCGUCAGAUUCAAGUCAAUGAUCUCGUUGUGAUUAUUGAUAACAAACAUGAUCGGAAUUCUUGGCGUAGGGGAAAAAUCGUAAAAAUCUAUCCUGGAUCGGACGGAGUAGUACGCGUAGUUGAU